CCUAGGUACAACAUAUGAGCAACAAGAUUAACCACUGAGUAAAUUUUGCCUUUUUUGAGGUUUGGAGAGGGCAAGGAAACACAGGUGGAUGGAUGCUUUAGUACACCAGGAACCUGAUGCACAGCACUACUGUUAUCCGGCAAUUAAUGGAUCCUGUAUUAAAGGCAAUCACACCAUUGCAGCUCAGGUCAUCUUGUAUAUUUUCUUUGUGGCAGGAAUAUUUUUUACAGUUCUUGGAAACCUGGUCGUCAUCAUCUCCAUCACACACUUUAAACGGCUCCAUACACCAACAAACAUACUGGUGAUGUCUUUGGCAGUGGCAGACAUGCUACUUGGAAUGCUUGUGAUGCCCUUCAGCAUGGUCAGAUCUGUUGCAGGCUGCUGGUACUUUGGAGAAGUUUUCUGUCAAUUGCACUCCAGUUUUGAUAUGUUCCUUGCAACCGUCUCCAUUUUUCAUCUGAUUUGCAUUGCCAUAGAUCGCCAUGAGGCAGUGUGCAAUCCACUGCAUUAUUCUAGAAGAAUAACCAUCCCCAUUGCAUUCCUUAUGAGUACUCUGAGCUGGAGCAUCGCAGCUGCAUACUCCUAUGGUCUUCUUUAUUCAAAGGCUGAUGAAAAGGGCGUGGAAGACUACAUUGCAUCUAUACAUUGUUUGGGUAGUUGUUUUCCUUUUGUUCUUUCAUUCAAUGCCUUAUGGGGUGUGCUGGACAGUUUAAUUGCAUUUUUUGUGCCUUGUGUUAUUAUGAUGGGUUUGUAUGCAAAAAUAUAUUUGGUAGCCAGGGAGCAUGCAAGAAAGAUCGAAGGCAUGAAUAAUAAAAGACCUGUUAAUGAGGAAAAUAGGAACAAACUGUCUCAAGGUUCUGAGCAAAAAGCAGCAAAGACACUGGGGAUUGUUGUGAGUGCCUUCAUUGUUUGCUGGUUGCCUUUCUUUAUAAAUUCAUUAAUUGAUCCCUACACUACCUUUUCCACCAAUUCACCAGUUCUGUCUGAUGCAUUUGUUUGGCUAGGUUACUUUAAUUCUGGCUUAAAUCCUAUCAUCUAUGGAUUAUUUUAUCCUUGGUUCCAAAAAACACUAAAGCUCAUUAUUACUUUCAAAAUAUUCACUCCACAUUCCUCAAAUAUCAAUGUAUUUUCUGAAAGGUGAUUGUCUGUAAGGUGGUCUUCCAAACUAAUUUUACAGUAAGAAAAAUUCAGUCUUAUGAGCUUCACAUUAUCUUGUAGCGUUUUAUUAACCACCUUUGAAUUAACUACCUAUUGGUUCUGGUUUUAAAAAGUCCAAUAUAUGGGAUUUUUCACAAUGUAUAUCUGAGACACUACAUUAUUUUGACAAAUUAAGAGUUUCUUAAUUUUAAUUGAAUGACUGUAGGAGGACAGUAUCUAACUGAAGAUCAUUUAUAUAUCAUAAUUAGUAUUCCCAAGACCACCGUUUAUAUAAUCAUUUCACAGAAAUAAUCAAUUUUUUACAGUUAAUUGACAACUCAUUUAAAUUGUUCACCUGUGUAUAAACUAAUUUUCAUCUUUUACCUGUAAAAUAAUCAAACAGAUGCCAGACAAUAUGUGAGGAAAUGUUUGUUUUUACAGUUGGUUGUAUUUUAGUAAUGUUAGGUUCAAUAAAUACAUGUGUUUCGUGUCGCCUUCUGAAGAACACACUGAA